CAAAAUUCCUAUUUCCAACGCGAUAUUUCCCGCACAAAGCCACUGAAACACAAGAAAAGCAAGAUGCACUUCAAUUCUGAACCCUAAUUAGCAAAUUAUUUCUUCAUACCCUCUCGCUUCAAUUUCUCAGCUAGAAAUGGCAUCUAAACUCCCCGACGAACCACCAUGCGACACUCAGGGAACCGACGAAGAAAGCAUCGCCUUGAGGAGGAAACGUUUGCGCCGCGUUAGCUUCGCCGACCGCGAGAUCACGUCUGUCCACAUCUUCAAACGCGACGACGACUACGAGACCCCGUCAGAUUCUACCCCGGAGCCCGCAAAUGAACGGGAAAACGAAGUCAUGGGUCUCUUUAAGGGUUUGGUGGAUAGUGAUGAUGAUGAAGAUGGCCUUUCGAGUGGUAGUAAGUCAUUCUUUAGGCCAAUGGAGACGCCAUCACCUUGCGGUAGUAGUACAGUUGGAUCUGCUACCUCUAAUGACGAAGACAACUUUUUUGGACCUGUCUCUGCAGAGUUUAUUCGACCUGGUAGGUUAUCUGAUUCAGCUGCUUCGGAUGAUAACCAUGAUAUCACAAUGGAUUCAACAGCAUUUUCGAUGCAUUUUCAUAGCAUUGCACGAUCAGAGCCAGGAGAUCUCAAUACUUCAACAGGAGUUCCUCCUGCUUCUGAAGAGAAGACACCUUUCCAAGCUACAACAUCUUCUGAUCGGGAAAGUUUAAUGGUAUUAACAAAAGUAGGGAAGCUAAAGUCCCCAUCACCUGUACCUAUUGAUACAUUUAGUGGUGGUAGAGAUUCCAAUGACAUGAGUCUUGUUGGUGAAAGCAUGCAUAGGUAUGAUUAUGGGAAGCUCUGUCCCACAUUAGAAGCACUUUUGGUUGAAGGCAGUGAAUUUAAUACCAUCCCUACUGAUCCUACUAUUCCAAAAUCGUCAAUGGUUGUCGUAUCUCAUGGUAAUGGUAAUGAAUGUAUGGAAUCCUCACAUUCAGAGCUUUGCGUCCAUGACGACAAUGAUUUAUCUAGUAAGGGCAUUUCUAGUGCUCAGAACAAACUGGUUGAGGCAACAAGUGAUUCAGCAACCACUCUUACUGAAGAUUUUGUUGAUCAUCAAAUUCCUAAUCAGCAUAACGAAGUAGACAACAAGAUUUCUGAAGUUUGGUUUGGAACAAGUGUGUUGAAUUCUGAGUCGAUAUCUAUCACUAAUGGUACUCCUGUGAACCAGAGUAGCGAAGCUGUUCAGUUAGAUUUGGUCAAACAUUUUGAAAAUGAAAAUCAGCUACCAACUGAAGAUGGCUUGAAAGAAAAUUCUCCUCAGGAUAAAAUACGUACUCAUAAUAUUGAUCAUGCUUCUGGUCAACUGCAUAAGUCCCCAUUAGCAGGGUCCAUACACUCAUUAUCUGCUAAACGACAACAAAUUCUUCUGGAUGCUACUAAUGCACCCAAACGUUCUCUAUUUGUUACUCCUUCCCCAAAACAAUCAGGUUCUGUUUUGAGAAAGGGAAGUAUAAAAGAAGGUGGGAGUGUGGCAUCCAUUCCUAAAAGUAAUUCUGAGUUAAAAGUUCCGGAGCCUUCUUCUGGUGCUUCUGCUUUCAAGGAGGGAGCUGCCAAGUCAUCACCAAUGGGACAUAAACGUAGUCUGUAUGGCGAUUUAAAGCUUGAAGAUCAAGAUAAUAGCGCCGUUAUUGUUUCUAAACGAGAAUGCAACUCAGUAGAAACAGUUCCUAGCUCUAAUAAUUUAACUGCAAUAUCUGGAAAAAGAACACCGCCCAGUGCAGUGGUUGCUACAGUAAAAAUAGUGAACGAAAGGGGACAUAAUGGACUGGAUUUGCAGAAUACUUUCUCGACCUCGAAGAACUUCCAUGAUGGUGCUACCUUGAAAUUGCCGUCAGGAGGCCCACAGAAAAAUAUCCAGACUACAGUUGAAAAAACCUGUUCCAGUGAAUAUUUUGUCGAGGAACAGAGGAAAGUUUCUUCUGUUUACGCUUCCCCAGGUUCACAUACAAGUAAAAUUGAGAGGUCACCUCAAAAGAGAUCCUCUAGAAAGAGGCAAACCCAGAGUCCCACUUCAAAAGAGCCAAGUCUAAGCCCCUGUAGGAAAGAAAUGCAUAAUGCAUUAUAUGGUGAUAAUAUGCAACUCUCGGUUGCAAAAGAUGUGGUAUCUCUUAACUGCAGUUCAAAUGUACAGAGGAUUGAUGACUGUCAUGGAAGAUCUAAUCCAAGUCCUGUCCAAGACAUCCAAAGCUCAUCAAAAAGAAAAAGGACAAGUGAAGAUAAUAGUAAUGUGAUGCAGAAGAGUCCAAAAUUCUGUAAAGUUGGAGAGAAAAAUAUGGAGCACACAUCAGAAUAUUCAUGUGAAAGUAACCUAGAAAAUGAAAGGAUUGACGGUGGCAAGAUAUUGAUGAAUUGGACUGAUAUUUCUCUCAAACUAUCAGCAGAUACGAACCAGCAAUUGUCUCCAUGUUUCGAUAAACUAAAUUUAAAAAUGAUAAACAUGUUGGAAGAUAAAUUGAUUCAUCAGCAGAAGGUUUACAUAUUAGAGAUGCUUUGUUCUGAAAUCCAAUCCCAGCAUUCCUCGGCAUACAAUCAAUCCUGCAAUAUUCUACAUAAGAGAGUAGCUGAAACAAGACGAGUCCUUUGCAGAAUAGUCUAUGGUAAGGCUAAAUUGCAGUUGAUGCACGUGAAGCGUGAAAGAUUGCUGAAACAGGUAGAGUUACUUAGAACUGGAGUUCGGGAGUCUCAAAUGUUGAAGUUAAAUUUUGUCAAACAUCAUUCUGCUUCUUCUGAAAAGGACACUAAGCUUGGCGAUAAUUCAUGUUCAGUUACAUUUGGAAACACUCUUAAGGGAGCCAGUGGUAAAAUUGGCACAAUGAAGGAUGAGCUUGAAGGUCUGGAAGAAAAAAUAAAAAAUUUAACCAAGUCUUUUCACAUUUGCUGCAAGAUAAAAGGAGAACUGAGUUCUUCUGGUUCUGGUACUAUUGAAUUGGUCAAUGACCAUCUAAAGAAGAGAACUAGUUGCAGAUUUAUACGCCAGGGUAUUCAGUUGUGGGAGGUUAACGAUUUGCAGAAUAGGAGUGGCCAUUACAAUGUCAUCCUCAACUACCAUGGGUUCAUCUGUCAGAGUCUCGCAUUAAAUACUGGCCGAAAUUCAAGCGUUUUUGUUGCAAAUAAAUUGAAUGAUAUGAACAUCAUUGAGAACUUCCCAAACAUGGAUGCAUGCUCUGCAUUUCAUUUUGUCUUUCACCAUGAAUCUACUAAGAAAUAUGUUGGGCCCAAAAGUUUGGCACAGGAAACACAAAGAACUGGUUCACUUUUAAGAAAUCUUCUUGAUGUCGUUGAGGAAGUACAGGUAGCACGGUUGGAGAUUAGAAAUAUGACACUUGCUAGCUUUCACUCUCCAUCAGCUAAGCAGUUGGAUUUACAGCUUUCUUUCGUUGAUUUUGAAAGUGGUACAAAGGUGACAAUGACUCUUGACGUGACGUGUUUGAACUGUGGGGUCUAUCCAUCAGAUAUCCUACCUUAUAGUUUACAGACUCCCGCCACUGGGACAAAAAACUUAAAGCAUCAAGCACUCUCGGCUGAAAUCAAACCAGCGGUUGAGAACCUUAGAGCUGGAUAUUUGAGGAUUAUAAGGCUCUGUAGGUGUGUUUCCCAGGUGAUGCAAUCUUCAGGAAGGCGUUGAGGUUCUUCUAGCAUCUUUAGAAAAACAGAAGGGGCGUCAACAAUUUGUUGGAGGCCUCUGUCUGUUGCUUGUGUGAGGCUGUGAGCAUGAUGUUUCUUUACAAAUUGUACUACGGAAUUGAUGAUUUGCCCCGACAUCCUUAGUAAGUUGAUUAGCUUUCUUUCUCGAAUUCAUGGAACAUUUUUUGUGGUUGUGUAAGUCUUUGUAGUGGAACACCUUAAAGUAGCCAGUUUACCUGAAUCGGAUGAGUCUGAAGUAAAAUGAACUGUACAAUUUUUAAAGGCUGCCCUAUUAAAUGCAAGAUUAAUCUCUUUUUAU